AUGGAGGAACUCUCAGAAGCAGCCCGUGAAGUUAUUACCUCUCUGCAAGCUCUACCAGAGGCUCCAGAGCUACAACGAGCUAAAAUUGCCAUAAUUGGGGGUCUCGCACUUCGAUAUUACGCCCCGGGUUUCCGGUCUACAAAAGAUGUUGAUAUCCUAAUUUUCGAUCGGGACCAUCCGAUCUGUACUCGGAAUGUCCAGGCUAAAUUAGCCUCCCGCUUCCCGGACAAGUUCGAAUACGUACGGGAGCCAGUAUCCUACUGUCUCGAUAUCCCGGAUACGACCAAGGUGGACUUCAUCCCACAGGAGUUGCCACCAUACCUCCCGGUUGACGCGCUAACCCUGGAGGAGGUGGACCCAAACCAUCUUCCUUUUCUUUCCCUGCCGCACCUUCUUGUCUACAAAAUUAACAGCUGCGGCAUGCGGCCCACAUCUGACAAGAAAAAACAGGAUGCAGAGGACGCGCGCGAGCUAGUCGAUAUUCUGUCUCGGCAGGGGGCCAUAACCCUUGAUGACUCGCAGAAACAGGCUGUCUUGUCGGCACGAGCAAAGAUCUCUCACGUCGUCAGGGACGUAAGCAAUGACAAGCGACCUAAAUUGGUCAAUGUAGCCCUCGCCUACGUGACGCAAAAGGCGCUCUAUGUCUUCUCUAUCGUCGGCGGGAGGAAGGCCGAACCCCUCUAG